CAUAUGUGUCGUUGUCUCAGCAGAUGGCACCACCUAGUCCCAGCAACAGCACGCCUAACAGCAGCAGUGGGAGCAAUGGAAAUGACCAGCUGAGCAAAACCAACCUCUACAUCCGGGGUUUGCAGCCGGGCACUACUGACCAGGACCUUGUCAAGUUGUGUCAGUCAUAUGGCAAGAUUGUCUCCACUAAGGCCAUAUUGGACAAGACCACAAACAAAUGCAAAGGCUAUGGCUUUGUGGACUUCGACAGUCCUUCGGCCGCACAGAAGGCCGUAACAGCACUGAAAGCCAGCGGCGUCCAGGCACAGAUGGCAAAGCAACAGGAGCAGGACCCUACAAAUUUAUACAUAUCAAACCUCCCGCUGUCAAUGGAUGAGCAAGAACUGGAGGGAAUGCUGAAGCCCUUUGGCCAAGUUAUCUCCACUCGAAUCCUUCGAGACACCAGUGGGACCAGCAGAGGGGUUGGCUUUGCAAGGAUGGAAUCCACAGAGAAGUGUGAAGCCAUCAUCACCCACUUUAAUGGAAAAUAUAUUAAGACACCCCCCGGAGUACCAGCUCCAUCAGAUCCGUUGCUUUGCAAAUUUGCUGACGGUGGUCCAAAGAAACGACAGAACCAAGGAAAAUUUGUGCCAAAUGGACGGGCCUGGCCAAGGAAUGGAGACAUGGGUGGUAUGGCCUUGACCUAUGACCCCUCCACAGCUCUUCAGAAUGGGUUUUACCCAGGUCCUUACAGCAUCACUCCCAACAGGAUGCUCACGCAGUCUGCACUCUCCCCCUAUCUCCCAUCUCCCGUGUCUUCGUACCAGAGAGAGGAAGGGAGAGGGAGAAACAUCGAUGUGAAAGAGAAAUAUCGAUCGACUGCCUCCUGCCAGCACCCCAGACUGGGCAUCAAGCCGGCAACCUGGAGAGUAACUCAGACAUCGCCUCUACAAGCACCGAACCCGUCGUGGCUGCACCACCAGUCAUACCUCAUACAGCCUUCAGGUUCAGUUCUGACCCCAGGGAUGGACCACCCCCUUUCUCUCCAGCCUGCCUCCAUGAUGGGACCUCUUACCCAGCAACUGGGCCACCUCUCCCUCAGCACCACGGGCGCGUACAUGCCAACUGCGGCCGCCAUGCAAGGAGCUUACAUCUCCCAGUACACCCCAGUGCCUUCUUCCAACGUGUCAGUUGAGGAGAACAGCGGCCAGCAAAAUCAGGUGACUAUGGAUGCUCCCUCAGACCACGGGGUCUAUUCUUUCCAGUUCAACAAGUAACAGUGGACUCCCCUCCCCGUCUUUGUUGAAUCCAAAUGAAUUCUUGGAGAUGCUGAUGCUCCCAGACUCCAGAGGGCUAACCAGGAAUACAGAUCAUCUGUGGGCCCCGCUAAGACCUACCACUUGGCCUUCGUUUCUCACCGGCCUGGGCCUGAGAAAGAAAUCUCAGCACUCGUGUCCUCUGCUCUUCCUCCAUUCCUGAAGGAGCCUCGGGAACCAGGGAACCAGGGAACCGGCACUUUGUGUGUGUGCUACAUUCAAAGGAAUCAAAACAACCUUUUUUUCUUUCUUUUGCAAAUAAAGUUUUAUGUGUUGUUUUGUUUUUUAAAAACUGCGAUAUGCAAUUCCCCUAUCCUAAAGAGACAUGGUGCCUGGAACUUCUUAUCUUUAUGAAAAACACUUUUUGAUGUGUUGAACUUAUCUGAGAAGGCUUUUAAACUUUUUUUUGUUAUUUUUUUUUCUCUUAAAAAAAAGGAAAAAAGAAAGGAGUGGUGCUAAAACGUUGAAGGAUUCCUACUGUGGGCCCUUCUUACUGAGUUUAGUUAUGGACUUAUUUUGGUCUAAGAAAAUAUGCAGUUUUAAAUUUUUGCUUUAUAAAGCUCGUAACUCACA